AUGCCCGAAGCCAAUCUUCCCGGUCUCAACAUCGACUUCUCCCUCCUCGAUAUAAUCGUCGGUGAAAACAUGAGCCAGAAAGCAAAUCUCUGGGCUAAGUCCCCGUCAAUGAGCAACUCAAGCACCUCGCGACUUAGUAUCCAUCUGGAUCUCGGCUCGGACGAUAUUCUAAGUGAUGGACAUAUACUUGAUAUCGUCAAUGAGGAAACGGUGUCUACUCGAAAGCGCAGUCUUUUCGGAAUCGAACCCUCAGGGGUCUUGGGCAAUGAAGAGGGGAUUUUGCUUCAGCCUGAUUUCGAGUUCGAUGAAAAUGGGGCUAUUUUCGAGUUUGACGCUAGUCAUCUUUCACCAAGGAAGAGACGGAAGUUUACUGCUCAGCAGGUUGAUGAUGGAUUCGUUGUCUUUGAUCACAAUGAAGAUAGUAUGGAUCUCACUGCGGAUAUGGCUUUCGUUGGAAAUGGGGAUACUGAGAUGACGAAGCUUGAUGGUACAAGUAUCCAUGAGCAACAGAUCAUUGAUCUAACUGGGGAAGAGCCGUUGAAUCAAAACCAAAACCAAAACCAAUCCGUUGAACAUGAGCUCAUCGAACCUGUAAUCCAGCGACAAGUCCGACACCGAAUCCGAAUCAUCAAAUAUAUUGAUCCCGACAACACUACAACAGUCCGCAAUUCAGACCUCGCACAAUGGAACAACGAAUACACCUCCAACAUGGCCUACGCGUCGAAUCAAAAACAGCAAAACAAGAUCCAAACGACUAGUAAGAAAAACGCCGCAUUUUACGUCUACGGUCAAGGAAUAGGUUAUGUAGGCAUAGGCCUAGGCCAGAACAAAAAAGAUCAUCCGCUCAAAUGCUUCUCCGGUAUAUCGCUUUUCAAUGCCCUAUGUCGAGAAUCGGAACAGCUCACCACACCCAAGAAACCGGGCAGACCUAGCAAAGACCCAGAUACGGAGGUGGAAACUGAUACUGAAGUACAUCGAAACGGGAACGGUGGACCUCAAACCAAAAGACUGGACUCCCUUGAUAUCGAAAUAGGCCGACAUGCACCUUCGAGUCUGCUGGAUGAACAAUCAAUCCUAAUGCCAUGGAAUAUCAUCGCAUCAGCCCAAAGUUCCCGCAUCGCACAUCUAGGUAGUCUAGGUGACCUCUCUGCAAAAUUCGGCGAAACCAGCCUCCUAAGGCACUCCCAUUCACGCCGUCUAACAAGUGCUUCUCCCCUCGCUGGACGGGGAUACCUUGAUCCAUCCGAGCGACAGGGAAGUCUAUCUUUACUAGUCGAUGACGGGAUCGGCGCUGGAGUUGAUUUCUUCAACGAAGACCUCGAAACAACACGAUAUCUUGAGGGUGAACUUGCAACUGAUCGCGAGAGUAUCCAGGCUUUUUCAAGAAGGGUAUCGGCUAUUCAGCGUGUAGCGGGGCAACUAGAUCAAGAGAGUUUGAAUUUCUUUGAAUUUAUCCAAGAGAAGAUGGGGAGUUCGAACGAAAGGGAAGGGCAAAUGGAGAUGCGGUUUUCGGAGUUGUUAGCGCCGGAGUCUACUUCGAGGGUUGUUGCUACGCAGGGUUUGAUGAAUGUGCUUACGCUUGCUACUAAGGGGGUUCUGAGGGUUAGGCAGGAGAGGUAUAAAGAUACGAGAGUUGAUAUUUUGGGGGAUAGGUAUCGGUAUGGGGAGAUUUUCAUGAGAAUGUGA